AUGGCCAUGGAACAGUGGAUGUCUGCACACCAGUCGGUCAAGAUCUUCCACAGGCUCGGGCACCCGGAGUGGACUACACGUCACGGAUUCUACGCAGAUAUGGGCGGCAUCUUGAUCGCGCCGCGCGACUAUCCAGCCUUCCCGGUUGACAGCCAACAACUGGCUUACCUCGUUGAACAUAAAAGUCUGGUCUUACCGGAGAUUUCUGCGUUGGAUAUUGAAGCCCUGAACAAAGCGGACGGGCUCGCGCGCCUAGUGACACUCAUUCAAAUGACUUGGUUCUGCGUAUCUUUCAUCGCCCGUGGUGUUACCGGCCUGGGAUAUUCGACACUCGAAGUCACAACACUAGCAUUCAUCAUAUGCACGCUGCACACCUUCACCUUGUGGUACUAUAAGCCGCUAGACCCUCAAUCACAGCGCGUCGUGCCAGUUGACGCUGACAUCAAUCAGCUUUGCGUGCUGCCUAGCUCUGCUGCUGGUUCCAAGACGAUGCCAGAAGUCACUGUCACUAAUGCGACCGCCAUCAACACUCCAGUGUGCGGCGCAGGCCGCGCGACAUCCCCUUUCAACGUCGAGUCUUAUUCGCGGACUCCCCUCGACUUCGUCAAGCCUAUACCCGACCCGAAGAGUCUAACGGUUCCAUUCUGGUAUGGCUUUUCAGUCGUUUUCUUCUACGACCAACAUGCCAAACAAAAGCCCGCACAAACCAUGCCCAACAGCAUUACUCUCCCGCCUGACGGCCUCACCAUGGGAGUGACAAUCUAUACGCUGUUAUUCCAGCUCAUAUAUUAUGGGCUGUACAUCGGCUUCGCCUGGCUGGCAGCAUUCCCCUCGCGGACCGAGUUCUAUCUCUGGCUCGUGGCCAGUUGCACCGACUUUGGCCUGAUCCUGCUCUACAUCCUCGCCGUGCCGAUCGGGGCCUACAACACGCGUCCUCUGGGCCGGUACUUUUUCAACGCCGAAGCCACCAGUAUCCCGAAGCUGGCGAAUAUGUUGCCACCCUGGAUCAAAAUGCUCCUGCACGGCCCUUUCGUCUUUGCGUAUAUCGCCGCCAGAGCCAUCGUGCUGGCCGAGUCAUUAAUCAGCCUCCGAGCACUGCCUGCGUCCGUGUACCAGGACAUCAACUGGCCGAAUUUCCUGCCUCAUGUAUGA